AUGUCAUCGUUCUGGAACCGUUGUCGGGAGCCCUUCACGGCUGCCAACAUUCUGCUACACUGCAACCUCUUUUCAUUGCAGAGGCGCCGGCUUCGAGCCGCAUUGCACUCCCACAGACUAGUGUUAAACCUUUUCAUCGAGGAGCGAUGCAAAGGCCCGGUCUUCUCUGUGCUGUCCAAAUAUCUACUGGACAUUCUGAUAACUGACAAGAUCUUGGUCUUUGGGAAAGAGGCAGUAAAUCCCACCAACGUAUCAUACAUCUUGCGCGGAAACAUACCAGGGUUGAUUCUAGUAAUAUGGUACCGCAUUCUUAUAAUUAUUGGAGUGAUAGUCCGAUCGCUAGGCGGACACCACAUCCACUACACCACUGAGACCUCUAAGUUUAAGGCCGCUAAGUCUUUACGUAUUUCAGGUGAUAGACUUAGAGACGUCGAGCUUAACGUCGGGUUAUCGGAGGCCGGCUUUCAAUCUCGUGAAGGGUUUCACCCUGGAGAGAUCGGCGUUUCAUACACGUUUGAGCUAGCUACACCGGUGUACGGACAGUGGGUACGGAUUACGCGUAGCACUCCUAACGAUGUACUCACUCUGUGCGAGGUUGAGGUGGAAGGUGCUCCGUACUCUGCAGCCAAUGGUAGGCACACGUUAUUCGGUUUUCCAAAGAUAUGUUCACAUUGGCACUGCAAUCGACGUUUCCGCGAAGGUCCUGUCAAAUCUCCUCUGCGCAUCAAGCUGUUCCAAAACAGAGAACUGCAUCAGCACCCACAACAACAAAGCGACCUUUACCUGCAGCCUGUUCGAUUCCUUGACAUUCCAUCUAAGAGACGUCGAAAAUGA